AUGGCUCCAGGCACAAGCAGCAUACUGACUGCCCUCGAGGCAUCCACAGCCGAGACUACUACGACUCUCCUGACGCCGUCUAGUCCUGACUUCGAUGCUAUCGCACUUUGCUACGUCCGCCGCCCUGAGGCAGUGCCUUUUGCUAUCGCCCGCCCCUCCAAUGCUGAGGCUGUGGCAGCUCUUAUCAAGUUCUGUGUAGCUCACAGUCUUGAUUUCGUGAUCCGUAGCGGCGGUCAUGACUCCGCCGGCCGCUCGCAAGUUGCCGGUGCCCUCAUGAUUGACAUGCGCCUGAUCAAUUCUGUAUCUGUGUCCUCUGAUAAGAAGACUGCGACAAUUGGUGGCGGCGCAUUGCUGCGGGAUGUGGCCGAGACACUAUCGGCUCAAGAGUUAGUGACGCCAGGCGGUACGAUCGGAACGGUUGGCUACGUGGGAUGGGCAACGCUGGGCGGCUAUGGACCCAUGAGUGCCAACUUUGGUUUAGGAUGCGAUCAAAUCGUGGCAGCAAAGUUGGUAACGGCGGAAGGCAAGCUGAUUGAGGCAGAUGAGGAGCUGCUGAAAGCGGUGAGAGGCGCAGCGCCGACGUUUGGUGUGGUAGUUGAAGUCACAGUGAAGGUGUAUCCAUUGAAAGAGGUGCUGUCGGGAAUUGUUAUCUAUGAGAGCAGCAAUUUUGAGUCAACUGUCACGCAGUGGACGAAUGGUCUCAACAAACUCCUCGAAGCAGGGCUCCCCCCGGCUCUUGGAGUGAUGCUUAGCGUUAUGGAUAUACCUCAGAUGGGCAGAGUUUUCUUCUCCGUCUUCAUGUGGUCAUCCCCUGAUCAAAAUGAGGGACGACAGUGGGCUGAGAAGAUUGCUUCUUUGGGUCCAGCGAUUUUGAACACUAUCGCACCGACGUCGGUCGCGGGCUUUCUAAAGGCAAACGAUAUGCUUGCUCCGUACGGCUCAUAUGGCCAAAACAACACAGUCAACGUACGGGGAUUGACCUCGAAGGUAGUUGAGACCAUCACCAAACACACGAGCGAGCUUCCCGGCGGCGGCGCCUUUUUCGCCGGCCAUCUCGUUCGGGGUUCCUCAGCUCAACCGACUGACAAAUCGGUCUUUUCACCACGAUCUAAUCACAUAAUGCUCGAAUUGCUCUCGGUCACUACUGUACAGGACCUGGUUGGGAAAUGUAACGCUUGGGCAUCUACUUUGAAGAAGGAUAUACUGGAGAACGCAAGUGAUGAUGUCAUUGGUGCAGGGUACAUAUCUCUUCUACCAGCCGGUGAGAGCGACUGGUCCAGGAUCUAUGGCGAGAACUAUCAGUUGUUGCUGGAUUUGAAACGGAAGUAUGACCCUACGAACGUCUUCAAGACAAGUCUUCCAAAGCUUAUUGUCUAA